AUGUUGACUCGUCAAUACACAGACAGCAAAAUUUUCGGAAUCAUUACAAUCGAUUCGUUACACCGAUGGCACGUUUUAUGCACAUCGAAGUGUUUCAACCGAGCCACGUGCUCUGUUGGUGCCGCGACGGUGUCGCCAGCUUCGGCGGGUCUAAUUAACCGAUCAGUGUUCUACCCGGCAGUGUUCCCGCACGCGGGCCCCAGCGGCGCCUACAGCCCGGAGGCGACCAUGGGCUACAUGAUGGACGGCCAGCAGAUGAUGCACAGGCCGCCCACGGACCCCGCCUUCCACCAGGGCUACGCGCACUACCCCGCCGAGUACUACGGCCACCAUCUU